AUGGCUCUCGCCAGUAGACUGUUGGAAAUGAACACGGGCAGUUGGAAUCCUUCAGAAUAUUUGGGCGUAGAAACGGCAAUUGGUCUCUUCAAGCAGAGUGGUCUAUCUUUCAAACAAAUUCGGGACAUAUGGUCAAUUGCAGACAAAGAUGGAACUGGGAAAUUGACAAAACCAGAGCUCGCAGUCGUCAUCCGAUUAGCAGGGUGGGUUCAGGCAGGAGAGAUAUUGGAUGAGAAGCUAUUGAAAACGGAGGGCCCUCUACCUAAAAUCAAAGGCAUUUCAGAUGCUAAAGCACCAUCCAUUGAGCAAACGUUGCCUCCUGUAACCUCCGCCGACGUGGCUGAGUUCAAGGAAGCCUUUUUUUCCAGAAGUCCUGUUGAUGGGCUUCUUCCUAAGCGUAGCGUAAUGUCACUCUAUAUGGCUUCGGAUCCUGACCUUUCGUUCGAGUUACUGUAUCGAGUCAUGAAACUCAUCGACACCAAAACUGGGUUUUAUGACUUCAAAAGUUUUGCUGUCGGUUUGCAUACUGUGCGAAGCCUCAACAAGGCCUUGAUAUCUUCGGUACCCUCGUCAAUAUCCUCGGAGGAUUUGGAAAGCAUGGAACAGAUUUUCGAGACUUGGGACAGAGAAGGGGUCUCUGACCAUACUGAAGAGGGUUUCGACCUUUCACCUCAAGCCGACUCGGAUAUACGUAAUUUUAUUGAAGACAUCCAAUCUUGCCGACAUAUCAGCGGAAAAAUGGCCCUUGACUUCAGAUUGAAGUACAAUGUACAUCCUACUGAACUGUCACAACUAUGGCACCAAUCCAAUGUCGAAUCUGGACCAGAACUCUCUACCGCUAGGAUGGCAUGCUUCGAAAAACUCCUUCGAAAGCGGGUAGCCAAACAAAUUCCGACACCUGAAUCACCUGCUCUCUCAAGACGAGACUCUUCUCGGUUUCCUUGUCCUGUCGACCAGUCUGUUACCGUGGAAACUAUUCAAAGACCUUCUGAUUCCAGCAGCAGUUCAGUAAAUAGAGCUGCGAAUAUAGACCCCAUUCCCACGUCUCCUGAUCAAGCAUCGCAAAACCCUCCAUCGUACGCUUUUUUUACUACCCCACACGAGAAUAUUAUCCAAACAUUUAAAGACGACAUUGGGCAACUCGCAUCCCACUUUGAGACAAUUGCAACCGACCGGAAGUGGGCGCAUGCAGAACUUCAGAAGAACUUUGACGCCCUUGGACGCGAAAAUCUACACCUGAAGCAGCAGCAGAAAGUGUUGGAAUAUCGAUUAGCGUCAAAGGAUGAAAGUGGUCGGAAAGCAGAAAAGGUCAUCAACUCGAUCAAGCUGGAUCUUCUCGAACAGCAGGUGCUAUCCAAGGAACACGAAGAAGAGGCGAUCAAUGCUCACAACGAAGCGGGGAGAUUGUGGAAUAUUAUUGAGACUCAGAGCAGGCAGAUCACAACCCUAUUGGAACUCGUUGCCGACAUGAAAACCACAAUAACUGAGCUCAACGUCAAGCCUGAUUCAUCCGACCUCCGUCUUCGCUUUCUCAGGGCCACAGCUCGUGAGUCAGAAGCAGCAGCCACCAAGGCCGUUGAAGAAGCGGUGGCCUUACGUGAAAUCAUUAAGGCUCGUGAUGAAGAGAUCGUCAAACUCCGGAGAAGCUUGAACGUCAACCAUACUCAGCAAGCGCCUGCUGAUUCACCCACCGCUAUACAAUUGCUGCGUGAGGAUCAAGAAGAUCUCAAACUACAAGUGGAAAAUAUGCAGCGUCUUCUGGAACACAUCAUGACGACAAGACCCUCUCCUGGCACAGUUGAAGAUGAAGAAACGCUUGUGCAGCCAUCGGCGCCUUUGAACAGUGUUGUCAAACCGGAAUCUUCUUGCGUGAAGCUUUCUGAAGCUUCAUCCCAACAUUCCAAAAUCCUAUCGAAAGAGCACGACUAUGAGAUGCCUUCAGUUCCACCCUCGAUCUCUCCUAAAAGCCCAACUUCAUCGAGAUACUCCACUCGUCCUAGUAGUCUGGCCUGCAUGAGUGCAUCGAAUGUAUCACCUUUCCAAUUAUUCCGAAAGAUCUCAGCUGCUUCCAGUUUAGUACGCUCAUGUAGUGGCACGACAACACCCAUAUCAGUCAAAGUCGACAAUAUGCCGCAGGAUAUAUCUCAACUGGAAAAUGAUUUAUUCCUCUUUAGGCUGCAUAUUCAACGCAAAGGAUACAUUGGCAUUGAAAUGGUCGAGCGGUUUAUAUCUAAUUACGAUAUAGACGUACAUUCUUUGGAUGAGAUUGGGAGAUUUGUAGGUUUAGAUGCCAGUGUUAAACGAAUCAAUCAAGCAGUGGACUUGAUUAGACAGGCCGUGAUAGGGGCGCGAGACCCUAAUUUGAGUGUUACGCCGCUACCUACUACUCCAAAACGACCAGCUUCUCCUGUACAAGCUAUGCCUGAAACCAUGUUAUCGAAUGCUGCUCGGCGCAACCAGCAGAAUUCCUCUACCACGAGCCAACCGUCGCACGCUCAAUUCUACAACCCACCGGACCCAUCAUCCUCAUUCAGCCGCCGCAAUAUAUCAAUUCCUAAGAGUAUUACUUCGUCAGGCAUCGCUAGCAUUACUAGUAUACUGUCGACGGUCAACUCGAGUGUUCAAUCAACCCGGGCAGUAUGCAAUUCCUCAUAA